AUGCAGAAGGCCGGGGCGAGGGGCCGGAGGGCCUCUGACUGCGGCCCUGCCCCUCACCGACCCAGGUGCAUCACCAAGUUUGCCCAGCAGUACGUGGGUUCCUUCUCCGUGGAUGACCUGGACACCCAGGAGGGCGUGUGGCUGGUGCAACAGCAGCUGUGGGCACUGAAGGACUGUCCCCGACGCCGGGCCGUCAUCCUGAAAUUCAGCCUUCAGGGCCUCAAGAUCUACAGCGGGGAGGGUGAGGUGCUCCUGAUGGCACACGCCCUGAGGCGAAUACUCUACUCCACCUGGUGCCCAGCCGACUGCCAGUUUGCCUUUGUGGCCCGAAACCCACGGAGCCCGGCCAGCAAGCUCUUCUGUCACCUCUUUGUGGGCAGACAGCCUGGAGAGGUCCAGAUCCUGCACCUGCUGCUCUGCCGCUCCUUCCAGCUUGCUUACCUCCUGCAGCACCCUGCGGAGCGGGCACAGCCUGAGCCCUGCCUGGGGCCCGCAGGGGAUGUGCCCCUGAAGCCGCUGGCCAGCCCUGGGAGGCCCCCUGGCCUAGUCCGGGAGCCCUUCGUCCGUGACCAGCUCUCACAGAACGUGCGUGCACUGGUCUCCUUCCGGCGGCUGCCAGCAGAGGGGCCCGUGGGCAGUGGGAAGGAGCUGCUAGAGUUGGAAGGCUGUGGCAGUGCCCGCCAUUUCCGCCUGGGGAAUCCCUACUGCUCCCCCACUCUGGUGCGCAAGAAGGCCAUCCGCAGCAAGGUGAUCCGCUCCGGGGCCUACCGCGGCUGCACCUACGAGACCCAGCUGCAGCUGUCGGCCCGGGAGGCCUUUCCUGCCGCGUGGGAGGCGUGGCCCCAAGGCCCGGGUGGCCCCGCGUGCCUGGUGGAAACUGAGGGCAGCCUGACGGAGAACAUCUGGGCCUUUGCUGGCAUCUCCAGGCCCAGUGCCCUCGCCCUGCUGCGGAGAGACGUGCUCGGGGCCUUCCUGCUGUGGCCCGAGCCGGGCGCCUGUGGCCAGUGGUGCCUGUCGGUGCGGACACAGUGCGGCGUGGUGCCCCACCACGUCUUCCGGAACCACCUGGGCCGCUACAGCGUGGAGCACCUGCCCGCUGAGUUCCCCAGCCUGGAGGCCCUGGUGGAGCACCACGCUGGGACUGCGCGCAGCCUCUUCUGCUCGCUCGACAUGGGCCGCCUGAACCCCGGCUACGAGGAGCAGGACUGUGGGCCCGAGGGCAGGCCUCCCCGGACACUCCGGCCCCUUGGCCAUGCCAAGUCCGAGGCAGAACUGCAGGGCCUGGGCUAGGAGGCCGGGCCCCGCACCAACAGGCCUUGCCUCCCCCUGGUCCCUGGGCCUCAGCAGGCCACUCUGCCCUGCUUCCACCCCCCUGGUCAGUUCCAUCCAGUCUCUCAGCCCCUUGGACCGGCCUUCCAUCACGUCACUGACUGUGGCGGAGCCCUGAGAUUGGGGGUUCUCACUCGA